CGGAGCGGAACCGGAAGUAGAGAUGUGGAGCUGCAGAAUGAAUUAUGUGAGCGUCGGUCCCUGCAGCUGCUCCAGCACCUUGUUUUAAUCUUUUUAUGCGCAUUUGGACCUUUUAGCCUCUGCUUGUUGAUUCGGUUCUGUGGAGGGCAGGAUGAGCGCCGAGGCAGCAGACCGGGUGGCGGCAGUGACCAGCGGUCGGCCCGGCACGCCUCUCCAGGUCUCCUGGUUUGAGUUCCUCCUGGACGGCAGCCUGCUGGAGAAACACCUGCAGAACCCCAACGCUGACCCGACUCCAGUCCAGCUCAUCGUCCAGUUCCUGGAGCAGGCGUCCAAGCCGUCUGUGAACGAGCAGAACCAGGUGCAGCCGCCGGUGGAUAACCGCAGGAACCGAACCCUGAAGCUGCUGGCGCUGAAGGUGGCCGCGCACAUGAAGUGGGAUCUGGACUCACUGGAGAAAGGUCUGACCAUUCCUGUGUUAAACAUGCUGCUGAACGAGCUGCUGUGUGUGAGCAAAGUGCCAGCAGGCGUCAAACAUGUGGACCUGGACCUCUCCACCCUGCCUCCAACCACCGCCAUGGCCGUCAUCAUCUACAACCGCUGGGCCAUCAGAACCAUCGUGCUGAGCAGCUUUCCGGAGAAGCAGACCAAACCAGGACCUCAUCAGAUGAACAUGUUGAGCAUCGUCCAGCAGGAGAAGGAGAUGACGGACAACAUCCUGACUGUGCUGAAGGAGCAGGCGGCGGACUCCAUCAGCGUCCUGGAAGGAGCGCUGCGGCUGAACAAGGACUCGUACGUUCACACCGUCAGGACUCUGGACCUUCUGGGCUCCGACGCCGCCGCCAACGGGGAAACCGAGUCGUCGACGGCGGGGCUGCGGAUCAGCGCCGACGAGCUGCACUGUCAGGUGCACUACGACCUGGGAGGGAUCUUCUUCCAGCAGGGCUGCACCGACCAGCCGGCCUAUGAGAAAGCCUGGGAGCACUUCAGGACGGCCAAGGAGCUCCUGAGGAAGCUGGACCAGGCCGUCCACGUCCAUCUGGACGAGAAGCGUCUGGCCGGCUACUGGAACGCCUGCAAGGCGCUGACCGGCGACUGCGACCCGGCGGACCCCCACACCACCCAAUACGACCAGAUCAACAGUCUGAUCCGGGCGCGCAACUACCAGGCCGUCGUCGAGGCGUUCAUCGAGGACAACUCGUCCCGCAGCUUACCCAGACACUUCAGGCGCUCCGUCCUCAGAGAGCUGCUGUACCAGGUCCAGCAAGGGGAGUCCGGCCUGGAGGACGUCUGCCACAAGCUGUGUGUCUGCAACGCGGUGCGAGACGCUCUGGAAGGAGAAGUCCUCAGCGUCCGCUUCCAGCAGCUGCUCCUCAAGCCCAGCAGACGCAUGGUGGACUUCAUGCUGGAGGUCUGCACGCGCUCUCUGGACAGAAACUCGCCGUCCGACGCGUCCAGGAGGAACACGGCCGGCUUCUUAAAGACUCUGUGUGAGAACCUGGAGGAUCUGACUCUGGCGUUCGCCGUCACCGCCCACAAACUCUUCCUGGAGCUGCUGCGCGACGACGACCGCAAGGUUCUGCUGGAGCAGAUGAGGAAGAGGUCGGCCACCGUCAACCUGAGCGCCAAACCUCUGCCGUCUUUCUACGACAUCCCAGCUUCAGCCAGCGUCAACAUCGGCCAGCUGGAGCAGCAGCUCAUCCUCUCCCUGGAUCCCCGCCGCAUCCGGCAGAUCCUCAUCGAGCUCCACGGCAUGGCGGAGCGGCCCUUCUGGAGAGUCAACAGCAAGUGGGAGGUUCCUCCAGACUACGUCAACGUGGUCCUGGCCAUCAAAGACAACCUGACCAGAGACCUGGUCUACAUCCUCAUGGCCAAAGGACUCCACUGCAUCUCCAUAAAGGACUUCGGCCACGCCCGGCAGCUCUUCUCCGCCGGCCUGGAGCUCGUCACAGAGUUCUCCCCAAAGCUGAGGCAGGUGAUGCUCAACGAGAUGCUGCUGCUGGACCUGCGGGCCCACGAGACCAUGGCCGCCGAGGGCAGCAAGGAGCGGCCGCCGCCGGACCUGGUGAGCCGGGUCAGAGGAUACCUGGAGAUGAGGAUUCACGAUGUUCCUCUGCGUCAGGUGAUCGGGGAGGAGAGCGUGGCCUUCAUGCUGAACUGGAGGGAGAACGACUACCUGACUCUGCAGGUGCCGCCGUCUCUGCUCAUGAGCAACCCGUAUAUCAAGCUCGGGCAGCUCCUGGCCUCCACCUGCAAGGAGCUCCCAGGUCCUAAAGAGAGUCGGCGCACGGCCAAGGAGCUGUGGGACGUGGUGGUCCAGAUCUGCAGCGUCUCCGUCCAGCACAAGAGGAGCAGCGACGGCCGCCUGGGUCUGAUCAGACAGAGGGACUCGUCUCUGGGCAUCAUGCAGCGGAGCAAAUUCAUCACCUUCAUUAAGAAACUCCGGGAGCCGCUGGUGCUGACGACUCUGAUCUCGCUGUUUGUGAGGCUCCACAGCAUCGUACGAGACGACAUUGUGAACGAAGUGACAGCCGAGCAUCUCUCCAUCUGGCCGUCCUCUCUUCCUAACAUCCAGGCGGUGGACGUGGAGGCCGUGGCUGUAACCGUCAAAGAGCUGGUGUCCUACGCCCUGACGCUCAACCCCAACAACCAGUCGUGGCUCGUCACGCAGGCCGACAUCUACUUUGUGACCAAUCAGUACUCAGCGGCUCUCAGCUUCUACCUGCAGGCUGGAGCCGUGUGCUCAGACUUCUUCACCAAACCUGUUCCUCCAGACGUCUACACAGACCAGGUUCUGAAGAGGAUGAUCAAGUGCUGCUCCAUGAUGAGCUGCCACACCCAGGUGGCGGUUCUGUGCCAGUUUCUCCGAGAGGUCGACUACAUGACGGCGUUCAAAGCUCUUCAGGAGCAGAACAGCCACGACGCCAUGGACUCCUUCUACGACUACAUCUGGGACGUCACCAUCCUGGAGUACCUCACCCACAUCCACCACAAGCGAGGCGAGAUGGAGAAGAGGCAGAUCGCCGUGAAGGCGAUCGGACAGACGGAGCUGAACAGCAGCAACCCGGAGGAGGUUCUGCAGCUGGCGGCUCAGAAGCGGAAGAAGAGGUUCCUGCAGGCCAUGGCGAAGCUCUACUUCUGAAGAACCGGACAAUUUAUUUUGUUACAAAAAAAUAAAGCUUUUAACAGGCGCAG